UCCCUCCCUUCCCGGUGACUCCGCCAUGGCUGCUUCUGGUGGUCCCGUCCGGGAUCUCUGCGACGAAGCCACUUGCUCCAUCUGCCUGGAGUGUUUCAGGGAUCCAGUGAUCAUUCCGGAGUGCGGGCACAACUUCUGCCGAUCCUGCCUGAUCCAGUGCUGGGAGAAAUCCGAGGGAGAGGCUUCCUGCCCUCUGUGCAGGGAAAGGGUGGAGCAAAGCAGCAUCAGGAGAAACCAGCAGCUGGCAAAUUUUGUAGAAAUAAUUAAGAAUUUCUACCAUCCUCAGGGAGAAGAGAAGGAAAAGGAAGGGUCUGUGAGAAAGGACCAGGAGUCGCCAGCAAGAGCUUUUGUGCAGAGUGAUACAUCGAGAGUUUUGGUACGUGCUUUGCGAAUACUAGCCGAGAAACUCCGUCUUCAAGAAGAAAAGCAGGAAAAAGGAAAGAGGAGAGUCUGCGAGAAGCACCAGGAGCCCCUGAAGCUCUUCUGCCAGGAGGACCAAAGCCCCAUCUGUGUGGUGUGUCAUGUAUCUAAGGAGCACAAAAGCCACGAGGUGGUUCCUCUAGAGGAGGCGUCCCAGGAGUACAAGGUAGGAAAAGGUAGCGCUUCUUUCUUGGGGAGUGGAAUAGCUGCAGACAGGAGGGGCUUGCAAAAUAAAAAAUAAAUAUAAAAUGUUGUAAUGUAUUCUUUCCUCUUGCAGCCCAAAAGGAAUCCUCCAGCAAGAGAUCUUGUGCAGCCUGAUAAGACUAAACUUCUGAAACUUUAUACAAUAAACAUUUAUUUUCCUUUUUGAGGGAUUAAAGUCUGCCCAGUGACUCCCUGAAUGCAGGCUGCAGUAACUCCCCUGGGACGAAAGACUACAACAUCUAGGAUUAAUUUAAUAAAAAGGAGGGGGAGAUGUUGGAGGUGUGUUGAGUUUGGGGGACAAAUAGCAAACCCCCCAUGUUUCUCAGCUCUGAUAUAGGGCAGCCCCAUUUCUUCCUCAUCUGAUAUGAAAAAGGGGAACCUCUGCAAAAGACCCAGAGAUGUGGGGCAGGGAGCAAACAUAGGAUUCAGCUUCCCUGUUAAUGUGUAAUGCAACCCAACUUGAAUUUUGAUUUCUUUUCAGGAUCAGAUCAGCAGCUGCCUAGACAAUGUGAGGAAGGAGAGAGAGAAAAUUCUACUAUUUAAAGCAGACACAGAAAAGGAAAGCCAAGACCUGCUUGUAAGCACUAUUGUUACUACUUUAAGAUGAAAAAGUGCUAUAGUCUAGAAUCAAUAUCUGGAGGGGGGGACUGAAUAUGAAAUACAGAAAGAGGUUUAUUUUUGAAUGGCCUGAUUUCCACAGAGUAUGAAAGACCAUUUAAAGGAGGGGUUGGGCUGUAAGUGUUUAUGACGCUCUUUCUCUGCUGAAUAUGUCAGAAGUGGCCUUCCAAGGGAAUGCGGAAGACUGGCCUCUUCAUCCUCCAAGAGCAGACUAGAUGCCUGAUAUUGGCCCACUCUUCUCUUCUUUCAACCUCUUUGCUGCAGAAACAAACAGAUGCAGAGAGGGAAAAGAUGGUGGCUGAGUUCAGGCGACUGCACCAGUUUCUGGAAGAACAGGAGAAACGUAUUCUGGCCCAGAUGGCAGAAGUGGAGAAGGAGAUUGCAGCCAAAAGGGAGGAGCAGCUGGCCAGACUCUCCAGGGAACUCUCCUCUCUUGAAGGCCUCAUCCGGGAGAUGGAGGAGAAGCUUCAGGAACCAGCGAGUGAACUCCUGCAGGUGAGGCCUCAUCCUGAUGCGAGAGGGUGGAGUGUGAUGCUUCAGACUACAGGCAUUUCUUAGUCACAUAAAAAUGUUGCUGGAAGGAAAACAGUUCAUGAAGGUUGAAAGGCGUCAGUCCUGGGGUCGCAAAAGGGGCCCUGAUAGAUCAAACCGCAGGCCCCUUCAUUCUAGCAUUGUGUUCUCUCAUUGGCCAACCAGAGGUCUCUGGGAAGCCUAAAAAAGAAUAGUGCUCUCCAAACCUGUGAUUCCCAGAAGCUGGUACUCAGCUGCGUAGCAUUUAUAAGUGACUGCAGAAAUGGCUCCACUGACAUCUUUCUUUCUUUCCCUUCCAGGAUAUCAGAAGCUUCUUGCAGAGGUAAGUGACGGAAAACCCCUGCCUUAUUAUGUUGCUACAAAAGUUCCUGUUUAACAGGUGGGAAACUCACCCUUCCAGUUCCUCUUUCCAGAGAUAAUUUAGGAUUCCACCAUCCAUUUAACAAGAUCACAAACAAAAACAGGGACACAUUUUCCUAGCUAUUAGUCUCAUCUACAAUCAUAGAAAGGAAACCAUUGUCCUUUACAUAUUUCUUCCUUUUCCAUGAUGGAUUCAUUUACUCUGCAAUUGAUACAAAAAGGGGGGACAUUCAAAAGGAGCUUGUAAAUAUCUUCACUAUAACUUACCCUUAAAUAUCCAGCGUAUUUCUGGCUUCUGUAGGUUCUUCUUCAGACAUAAGACUGUGAGAAAGGGCCCUGCUGGAUCCAGCCAGCAGCCCAUCAAGUCCAGCAUCCUGUUUUCACAGUGAAUAACCAGAUACCAGUAGGAAACCCGCGAGCAGGAUCCGAGCCCCAGAGGACACUCCCCUUCUGUGGUUUCAGAGGCACCACUGCCUUUGGCCCAGCCAUCAUGAAUAGUAGCCUCGGAGAGCCUUGUUCCCCAAACAACUUCAAUUUUUUAAAUCUCCCAUGUUUAGAAAAGACAGCUUUAAUUUCUGAUAUUUCCUUCUACUUAAAUGUAAGCACUGGGCUACAAAAUAUUAAUAAGUUUAAUCAUUUGAAAUGCUUCACUAAAACUGAUGUAGUUCUAAAUCUCUAAGGACCUUGUAUUGUUAAUUUUUCCUCUAAAUAUUAAUUUGCUUACAUCAGCUUCUUUACCUUCAAUCUAAUCUUCAUAUAUUUCCUUCCAUAUAUUAUGGAAGCAGGUGUGUGUAGCAGUUUUUCUUCACCUUCUUAGAUGCUCUGUAGAUCCACACAUUAUCUAGAUGCUCCCUUUUGCCAUAGGAAGAACCCUGCUCCCAAGUCUUCAUGAUAUAUCCAUCUUGCCUUUAUCAUUAAGAUGAGGUACCUGCCUUGUCAGAAAGCUCCUUGCACUGGAAGGAUGGUGACUUGACUUUGUUCUUCUCCUCCCAGGUCUCAGGAGAAGGAGAAAUUAGAGGAUCCUCCUGUGGCUUUUCCUCCUGCCCUGAAGUGGAGGAUCUGGGACUUCUGUGAUAUUAAUCCCUUCCUGGAGGGAGUCAUGGAAAAAUUCAGAGGUAGCAAAGAAGGGCUGAAAGUAUUUUAUACUGGAUAUUUAAAACUGCACAUCAAAUGCUCCAGGUCAUUAGCAGUGCCAGGAAAAUGGAACUCUUAUUUAUUCUCUUUCAAUAUCUAGAAGCCACACUUUCCUAUGCACUUUCCUAGCCUCACCUACAGCUUUUCAGGCAUCUCCUCUGUUCCUUUGCCCCUGAGAUUAAUGUAAGGGGGGGGCAGGAGGAGGGAAGGAGGGGGGCUGUCCCAGAACCAGCCAGGAGCAGAGGGGACUGGGGUUGAGGCCUCCUGUCCUGGAACAGGCAUGUCUGGAUGUUCUUGUUGAGGUGGAGAUCUGGGGAUCCUGCUCCUCCUCCCAAGAUUUGGGCAGGCCUGAACCUUGACAUGACCUUACACAGGAUAGCCAAUAGGAUGAGUUUCAGAUAGUUUUAACUGCAACUCCCAUAAUCUCCAGCUGGCAUGGCCAGUGGUUAGGGAUGAUGGAACUUGUAGUCCACAACACCUGGCUACAAUCUCAUGAGCUCAUAUUGUUCAUUCCAGAUUUGUGAUCUAAAUGAUAGUGUGAAGCUAAAUCUCUGUUCCCUUUCCUCUUCCAGACACUGUGGAAUAUGGACUUCAGCUUCAAAAAGGUACAUUUAAUAAUAAUAAUAAUACCGUAUUUUUCGCCCCAUAGGGCGCACCACCCCAUAGGACGCACCUAGUUUUUUUGGGGGGGGGGAAAUAAAGAAAAAAAUUAUUUCCCCCCCAGGCGCGGGGCUGGCGCGGGGGAAGCCCGAGCUUCCCCCAAUCCCAGCCCCAAGAACAGCCUGCUAUCCGCAAGCCUAGGGAUGCCAGCGGUAAGUCGCGCCGGUCUCCCCAGGCAUCGGAAUGCAGGCAGCUCUGCGCAGCCAUCGGGAGGCGGGGCGCGAAGUGGCGUCGGUCUCCCGAAGGUUGCGCAGAGCUUCCUGAAGCCUGGAGAGCGAGAGGGGUCGGUGCGCACUGACCCCUCUCUCUCUCCAGGCUUCAGCAAAAGCCUGCAUUCGCCCCAUAGGACGCACACACAUUUCCCCUUCAUUUUUGGAGGGGAAAAAGUGCGUCCUAUAGGGCGAAAAAUACGGUAAUAAUUUAUUUAUACCGUUCUGUUUCCUCAGCCAUUUCAAGAUCAAACAGAGCCAGAACUUCUAGAGAGGGGCAUCUGCUUCUCAACAGACCAGGCCACUGCAGCUCUUCCAUCCAUGCCUUAUUUCCCAGAGGCAUCUGUUCCGUGAGAGCAGCGUGCUGGGCUAGAUGGGAUCUUGGCCUGAUCCUGCAGACUCUUAGGAAGCCCUCAGCCCAGGAUGCCUGGCUUUUCUGUGCUGAAUCUCCAUAAGAUACAGGGGUGGUGUGAAGCCAAAGGCUCCCGGCACAUGAGGGGGAAAUAUCCCUUUGAGCCAUACAAGAUCCCAAUCCCUUUUAGGAGAGCUUAUGUAAGAGUAAGGUGUAAGAGUGGGAAAUGCAUGAACACAAAUAGCUCAGAAAAUGGCUGCCACUACUUUUGGGGGCUAGAAGGUGAAUGGGUUUUGGUGUCAGUGGAGAUAGGUGGGGGCUGCCUGAGUGUGAACUCCAGGGGUCCGGCUUCCCUGCAAGAUGGGGGUCUUCCCUCAGUUUUUGUGUUGGAGGGGAGACAUGACUCUGCUUAAACAUGAUGGCGGACUAGAGAAACCUGUGUAACUUAAAAGAGCAGGGCAGAAUUGCACCACAGACCAGGGGAAAAGGCUCAAUGGGAAGACAAAAGUGUAGUCUGGCCUGAUCCUGGACACCACAAAAAGGGAAUCAUAAGAGCUGGAAAAGUCCAGUCUGGCCUGAUCCUGGACACCACAAAAAGGGAAUCAUAAGAGCUGGAAAAGGGGCAGAGCAGGUGGCAGCAUAAAGAUAAACUUACUUAUCUUUAAAAUUAUAUUCUGUGAUUCUUUCAAACAACAGCAGUGAGUAAAAUGCAUAACGGCCAAUCAAUACAACAAUAAACUAGAAAAACCAAUUACAUUUAACAAAAAAAUGCACUGGCAACAUCCAGUAUCACAUUUAAUUUCCAAAGGCUGAUGUAUAAAUGUGUGUCUUUAAAAAGAAAUUGCUUGACAAACUUUCCAUAACAUGGCAGGAGCGGGGCGGGGGUGGGGGGAGGACUGCAGAGCAGAUCUUCUUCCUUAUGUCCACCAGCCUGACUAAUUUUUAAAUGGGUUUCUCAUGAUGCUUCCACUGCCCCCCCCCCCCUUUCCCAUAAAUGUGAGGAACAGUGAAGAAAAAGACGAGUCAUAUAGCCAAUCAGGUCUGGGGAGCCAGGGUGGGGUCUUUGCGUUGAAGGUGACAGGUGGGAAUGGUGCUUCCUAGGUUUUACUGGGUUUGGCUAUAAUAAAGUUAUAUAUAUCUUUUUAAAAAUAAAAAAUUAAACAUUUCUCGCCCUUUAUCUUGGGCUUGCAACAAUAAACGCAUUAACACAAUUCAUAGGAAAAGAAAGCCUUUCAUAUCAACGAAGUUUGUUCUUGCUUGACAGCUCAUGUCAAGAAUCCGGAGCAGGACAUUUUAGACAGGGAAUAUGAAUCAGAGAAUGCAAAUACCUUUUUAUGUUGUUCUUUUUAUAAACAACCUGGAAGGAUGGGCUAUAACAUUACAUUAAAUAUGUAACUGAAAAUUGAAUGGUGGUUACAAGGAGGGUGAGAGCACCUGCUGCCAGUUUUGCCUGGCCUGUCAAGCAUGGUCUGUGAUGUGAGGUAAAAUAUUUAGAUGUGAAUUAGAGAGUCCCUGCUUGGACUCCCUUCUGCCAUGAAUGGUGGGGGUGGGGGUGGCCUUAGAGAAGCCACUGUCUCUCAGCCUUAGUCCUCCCAUCUGAAAAAUGGGCAUACACUGUUACCUCUGGUUGCGAACGGGAUCUGUUCCGGAGGCCCGUUUGCAACAUGAAAAGAGCGCAACCCGUAGCGGCGCGUCUGCGCAUGCACGGGUCGUGAUUCACCGCUUCUGCACAUGCACGUGAUGUCAUUUUGAGCUUCUGUGCAUGCACGAGCGGUGAAAGCCGGAAGUAACCCUUUCCAGUACUUCCGGGUCGCCGCGGGACAUAACCUGAAAGAGCGUAACAUGAAGUGGACGUAACCAGAGGUACCACUGUACCUGGAUUGACUUAACUUACAGGGACGUUGCAAGGGUUCUAUGUGGGUAAUGUGUGUUAAGUACUUUGAACCCUUGAAAGCACUGCAGAUGUUUCAGGAAUCAUUAAGAACUUGAUGAACAUCCCUGUCUCAAAUGUAGAGUCAUGGAGUCCCUGUUCAUUUCGUGGGGGGUGCUAUUUCUGUCAUGUGGCUAAAGAAAAGUCAGCUUCUCAGUUGACUCUCUUCUCUUUCCUCCUCUGCCCUCACAGAAAACAUAACUUUGGAUCCAGACACAGCACAUCCCCGCCUCAUCCUGUCUGAGGAUCGAAAGAUUGUGAGAGAUGGAGAAGUGCGUCAAGACCUGCCAGACAACCCUGAGAGAUUUGACACACAUUUCUAUGUGCUGGGAUGUGAGGGUUUCACAGCAGGCAGACAUUUCUGGGAGGUCAUUGUGGGAAGAGAGGAGAGAUGGGAGGUGGGGGUUGCCAGAAAGUCUGUGAAGAGGAAGGGUUUUCUCUCUUUUGGUCCUAGGGAAGGGAUCUGGGGUUUGGGGAAGUGGCUUGGUGGGUACAAGGUAUGCUCACCCCAUGAGGACCCUGUUCCAAGUGAGGAGCCCAAGAGGAUCCGAGUGACCCUGAACUGUGAAGGGGGACGGGUGUCCUUUUACAAUGCGGAUACAGCAGCCCUCCUCUACAUAUUCCCAGCAGCCCCCUUCUCAGGAGAGACCCUCCAGCCCUUGUUUUAUGUGAGUGAGAAAGCAAACCUGAGACUCUCUUGACUGAGAGUGCAGACAGACAAGCGUAUAUUCAUUGCCAUCAUGACAUAUUCAGUCGCCUCUUCUGGUUGGAGCUGACAGGAACAAGGAGAAACCGUAUUUGCAGAACUGUGAUUGGCUAUCCCUUGUGUCAAUCAUGAUGCAACUCUCCUUUCUCAGGCCAGCUUUGUAACUUAUACUGAUUGAUUGGGUCCCCUGUCAGUCCCCAAACUUGCCUGUACUCUCUCACUUGGGAAUGGGCUAUUUCUCUCAGUGCAAAGUGGGAAAGAGGCAAGAAAAUAAUUUAGGAAACAACAGCAACCCCAAACACAUUCCUGUUUCGAAGUAGUUCUCUCUCCAACCCCCAAGUCUGAUUUAAGAUUUCUAGAGACAAUACCAUAAUCUUUUCUGAGUAAAAUCAGAGUUCUGCACGUGCAUCACUUAAAACCUCAGAUUCCCUUUCCUUCCCCCGAAGCCUCCAUUAUCAUUCCAAAAUUCCUUUUUUUGCUGCUACUCAGGGAAGCUUAUAUGGCAAUUCAGCAAAAUCAGAGACCAGUUUUUUUAGUUGAGUACAGUCGGCCCAAAACUCACACACAACUUACUUGUGUGAUCGCAGCCUGGAGCCCUUUGUCAAAACACAAAUUAAUAAAUAGAAAGAGGGUGUGAGACUAGGAAAUAUUGUUGGAAGGGACUGUGAGAGAUCUCACAAGAGCCUCCAGAGCCCAGAAAGCAAUGGGUGUUGGCGGCGGGGGCUUUGGCAGUGGUGGAAAGAGUUUCUAAGUCCACCUUGUUUUCCAGCCAGAAAGGUUACAUAAAACUCUCAAGAUUUGUGGCUUCGAACAAGUAGGGAUGGUUGCUUGGGGGGCAUUUUCUGGGGUCUUCCUGACUUAUGCAAUAUCGCCUUUGCAUGCUGACCCCAGAAACAUAACCCCCCAUGCAGGUUUUGGGCCUUGAUGUGACAAAAUCCCCUCUGACGGUGAAGAGCCUCUGUCAGAAGUUCUGAGGAGAGGACAGUGACAAUCUAGAGGAUUUCAGGAGCAGGUGGUAAAUUCCCAUGUAUACAAUUAUUUUCUCCAAGCUGCUUUGUAGUGAACAGUCCGAUACUUACCUGUAUUUUUAUACAUCCCCUCUUCUUAUAUUUUUGUAUAACGGGCCUGAAAGAAUUUGGGGAUAUGUUUCCUGUGCUAACAUGUUUGAUUCUAUUAAAAAUUGUACUUCUUGU